AUGGCACCAAGCAUUCUCAUUUCUUCCAACUCCUCCACUGCUUCUGCAACCGCUGUUGCUGCUCCCAUUGCUCCCGUCACUGCGGUUGAGAACUACCAGAAUGUCUCCACGGCUGCUCUGGUCUUCAAUGACGGCAGCAGCUUCCAGGGCGUCUCCUUUGGCGCCGAGGCCAAGAGCCUUUCUGGUGAAAUUGUCUUUCAAACAGGCAUGGUGGGAUAUCCCGAAUCGUUGACCGAUCCAUCCUACCGUGGACAAAUCUUGGUCUUGACCUACCCCUUGAUUGGUAACUAUGGUGUGCCUGACCGCACUGCCAUGGAUGAGCUUUUGAAGGACAUUCCAAAGUACUUUGAGUCGCACCAGGUCCACAUUGCCGGUUUAAUCGUCUGCAGCUACACCGAAGACUACUCACACUACCUUGCAAAGUCCUCGCUGGGUGACUGGCUCAAGGAGAACAACGUCCCUGCGCUCUAUGGCAUCGACUCGCGUGCUCUGACCAAGAAGAUCCGUGACCAGGGUGUGCUUUUGGCCAAGAUCUUGUUCCCCAAGGACAACGCUUUGCCCAACGCUGGUACGGCUGGCUGGAUCAGCGACUACAACAAUGUUGAGUGGGUCGAUCCUAACCAGGCCAACUUGGUCGCUGAGGUCUCCAUCCGUGAGCCCAAGAUCUACUAUCCCGAUCCCGCAAACGCUAUCAAGACCCCCAGCGGCCGAACCCUCCGCAUCGUUGCCGUCGAUGUCGGCAUGAAGUUCAACCAGAUCCGCUGCUUUGUCUUCCGUGGCGUCGAGCUCAAGAUUGUUCCCUGGGACUAUGACUUUGCCGCCGAGCCCGAGGAUUCGUACGAUGGUCUCUUUAUCUCUAACGGCCCCGGUGAUCCCACCAUGGUCGAGUUGACCUUCAACCGUCUGCGCCAGGUCUUGGACCGUGGUUCCAAGCCCAUCUUUGGUAUCUGCUUGGGCCAUCAAUUGCUCGCUCUUGCUGCUGGUGCCAAGACACAAAAGAUGAAGUACGGUAACCGUGGCCAGAACAUUCCUUGUACCAACAUGAUUUCGGGCCGCUGCUACAUCACCUCGCAGAACCACGGUUAUGCGGUCGAUGCUACCUCGUUGCCCGAUAAUUUCCAAGAAUUGUUCAUCAACGCCAACGAUGGCUCGAACGAAGGUAUCAUCCACAAGUCGUUGCCCAUCUUCUCGGUCCAGUUCCAUCCUGAAUCCACCGCGGGUCCCCGCGACACUGAAUUCUUGUUUGACGUCUACAUCAACACCGUCCGCCAAUGCGUUGAGCAAAACAAGCUCGUCCCGGUCGAGAUGCCCGGUGGCGUCCUUGCUGAAAACAUCAAAAAGAACCCGCGUGUCCAUGUCAACAAGGUCUUGGUGCUUGGUUCCGGCGGUUUGUCCAUUGGUCAGGCUGGUGAAUUCGAUUACUCGGGUGCCCAGGCUAUCAAGUCUUUGAAGGAAGAAGGCAUCCACACCGUCUUGAUCAACCCCAACAUUGCUACCAUCCAGACAUCCAAGGGCUUGGCCGACAAGGUCUACUUUUUGCCCGUCACCCCCGAGUUUGUUCGCAAGGUCAUUCAGUAUGAAAAGCCCGACGGUAUCUAUGUCACCUUUGGUGGUCAGACUGCUUUGAACGUUGGUAUUAAGCUCAAGGACGAAUUCGAGGCUUUGGGUGUCAAGGUGCUUGGUACUCCCAUCGAUACAAUCAUCACCACCGAGGAUCGUGACUUGUUCGCACAGGCUCUUUAUGAAAUCAAUGAAAAGUGCGCUCAGUCCGCUUCGGCCGAAAACCAUCAAGAAGCCUUGAAGGCCGCCAACGUAAUUGGCUAUCCCGUCAUCUGCCGUGCUGCUUAUGCUCUUGGUGGUCUUGGCUCUGGUUUCGCCGACAACGAUGAAGAAUUAGUUGCGCUCUGCAACAAGGCCUUUGCCACUUCGCCCCAGGUUUUGAUUGAAAAGUCCAUGAAGGGCUGGAAGGAAAUCGAAUACGAAGUCGUUCGUGAUUGCCAAGACAACUGUAUCACAGUCUGUAACAUGGAGAACUUUGAUCCCCUCGGUAUCCACACGGGUGAAUCCAUUGUCGUUGCUCCUUCGCAGACCUUGUCCGAUGAAGACUACAACAUGUUGCGUACCACUGCCGUCAAUGUCAUUCGUCACUUGGGUGUCGUCGGUGAAUGUAACAUCCAGUACGCCUUGAACCCCUUCUCCAAGGAAUACUGCAUCAUUGAAGUCAACGCUCGUCUUUCCCGUUCGUCCGCUUUGGCUUCCAAGGCUACUGGUUACCCCUUGGCUUUCGUUGCCGCCAAGCUUGGUUUGAACAUUCCCUUGAACGAGGUCAAGAACAGUGUCACCAAGAAGACUUGCGCUUGCUUUGAACCUUCUUUGGAUUACUGCGUUGUCAAGAUUCCCCGUUGGGAUUUGAAGAAGUUUGAUCGUGUCAGCACUGCCCUUGGCUCUGCCAUGAAGUCGGUCGGUGAAGUUAUGGCUAUUGGUCGCACCUUUGAAGAGACCAUGCAAGAGGCCAUCCGCUCCAUUGAUUACAGCUUCCCUGGUUUCAGCACCAACGACAUUGUCUCUGAUGAUCGCAUCGAUCAAGAACUGUUGGUGCCUUCUGACCAGCGCAUCUUUGCCAUUGCCAACGCUUUGAGCAAGGGCUACACUGUCGACCGCAUCUGGGAAAUGACCAAGAUUGACAAGUGGUUCUUGAACAAGCUCAAUCGCAUCAUGAACAUGGAAAAGGGUCUCCAAUCGUUCACUGCCGAAAGCAUUCCUGUCAACACCUUGCGUGCCGCCAAGCAGCUCGGUUUCUCUGACAAGCAGAUUGCCCAACAGCUCAACAGCCAAGAGUUGUCUAUCCGUGCUCUCCGUCAGAGCCACAGCAUCACGCCUUUUGUCAAGCAGAUCGAUACUGUUGCCGCCGAAUUCCCUGCCUACACCAACUACUUGUACAUGACCUACAAUGCUUCGGAGCAUGACAUUGAAUUUGAGGACAAGGGUGUGAUGGUCAUUGGUUCCGGUGUCUACCGUAUCGGUUCGUCCGUCGAAUUCGAUUGGUGCGCUGUCCGUGCUAUCCGCACCUUGCGCGAACAAGGCACCAAGACCGUCAUGGUCAACUACAACCCCGAGACCGUCUCGACCGAUUACGAUGAGGCUGACCGUUUGUACUUUGAAAACAUUACCGUGGAACGUAUCUUGGAUAUUUACGAGAUCGAGCACUCUUCGGGUGUGUUGAUGUCCAUGGGUGGUCAGACCCCCAACAACAUUGCCUUGCCCUUGUACCGCCAGAACGUCAAGGUCCUCGGUACCUCGCCCGAAAAGAUCGACAAUGCCGAAGAUCGUUACAAGUUCUCGAGCAUGUGUGACCGCAUUGGUGUAGAUCAGCCUCAAUGGCGUGAGUUGACCAGCUUUGAGGAGGCCGAAGAGUUCUGUGACAAGGUGGAUUACCCCGUCUUGGUCCGUCCCUCGUACGUCCUCUCUGGUGCUGCCAUGAACACUGUCUACUCGCGUGACAACUUGGUCUCGUACUUGAAGGAAGCUGCUGCCGUCUCGCGCGAACAUCCUGUCGUUAUCUCAAAGUACAUUGAAGACGCCAAGGAAAUCGAAAUGGAUGCUGUUGCCUUGAACGGCAAGCUGAUCAUGCACGUCAUCUCCGAGCACGUUGAAAACGCCGGUGUCCACUCGGGUGACGCUACUUUGAUCCAGCCUCCCCAGGACUUGGAUCCCGAGACUGUCAAGAAGAUCGAGACUGCCACUGCCAAGAUUGGCGAGGCUUUGGAGAUCACCGGUCCCUUCAACAUCCAGUUUAUCGCCAAGAACAACGAGAUCAAGGUCAUUGAAUGCAACGUCCGUGCUGCUCGUUCGUAUCCCUUUGUCUCCAAGGUCACUGGUGUCGACUUGAUUGAAAUGGCCACCCACGCCAUGUUGGGCUUGCCUGUCACGCCUUACCCCAAGGUCAACUCGCCCCACAAGAACUAUGUCGGUGUCAAGGUCCCUCAAUUCUCGUUCAGCCGUCUGCCCGGUGCCGAUCCUGUCUUGGGUGUUGAAAUGGCCUCGACCGGUGAAGUUGCCUGCUUUGGCGCUGACAAAUACUCGGCUUACAUCAAGGGUUUGAUCGCCACUGGCUUCAAGUUGCCCAAAAAGAACAUUCUGUUCUCGAUUGGCGCCGAGAAAGACAAGGAGGAAUUGUUGCCUUCUAUGCAAAAGUUGCACGAGUUGGGCUACAACUUGUAUGCCACCUCGGGUACUGCCGAAUAUGUCAAGGAACACGGUGUCCCAUGUGUCGAGUUGAAGGGCUUGGAUGGCAAGGAAGCCGAGAUUGAACCCGAGGCCUCGCUCCACGAACACCUGUCGUCCAACAAGAUUGACAUGUACAUCAACUUGCCCUCGCAGAACCGCUAUGCUCGCCCCGCUUCGUUCGUCUCCCAGGGUUACCGAUCCCGUCGUAUGGCCGUUGAUUACUCGAUCCCCUUGUUGACCAACGUCAAGUGUGCCAAGUUGUUCGUCGAGGGUCUUGCUCGCAUGGAAGUUGACUUUACUGUCUCUCCGUUGGACUUCCAAACCGACGACACCUUUGUGCAGCUCAACUAA